CUCCGUACUCUCCCUCAUUCAGACUGAUCCAUUUACAUUCUGUCCACGGAGGAACGGGGUGCAGAAUGAGCUGACAAACUUUGAUGCUAGUAUUCACGUAGGAUGCCUAUCCUGAUACUUCUUCAACCUUUUAGUUGUUGAGUGAGUCAACCCACUGCAGAGCGAACACCCUCCUCACACAGCGCUGCCCGCCAAAAGCUGUCUCCAGGAGGGCCAGAACCUGAGGACCAUCUCCACUAGCACAAUCCUCUCCGGGACAGCACUAAGCAGGGACAGUCAUGGCACCUGGGGAGAGCUGUUGCCGGAUUUGCAGCAGAGGCCUGUAUAGCUGUCACUGGAAUCACCCUAGUGAGAAGAAGGAAAGGUUUGCCUACUGCUGGUUCUCAAUCCUCACCUUGGUGACCCUGCUCACUCUCUGCUGGAUGUACAUCUGCCUGGUCACUUUCAACGAUCGGGAGGACGUAAACUGGAAAGGCUUUGUUGUGCUCAAGCUGUGGGUGAACUGGUUUAUGGUGUUCAUUAUCAUCUCUGCUGUGAUCACCAUCUAUUGUGUCCUACUACUGCUUUUUGCACUUUUCCAAGUUGUCUUGAGAGAACCGCUGGACCUACACUGCCUUCACAAGUUCUUCCUGUUUCUAGGUGUGUUAUUUAUCACCGCAGGGGUCACAGGGAUGAGUCUGAAGUGGAAAAGAGAGUGGCCGACUGUUCUUCUGUCUCUGCAGGCCACGGCUCCCUUCCUGCAGAUGGGGGGUGUGGUGGCCCUGACCCUGCUCAGCUGGCUGGUGUUCAAGGCCUUCUACUCGGCCAGGGGAGCAGUCUCCAAGGUCUUGAUCAUGGUGGUUUUUGUUUUGGUGUCGGUGGCCAUCUUCCUCAGCCCCUUGCUUAUCACCUCCCCUUGCCUUCUCGAGGCUGAUGGGCUCCCUUCUAAACCUGCUCUCAUUGGCCAUCGUGGGUCACCAAUGCUGGCCCCAGAGAACACCAUGAUGUCGUUCGAGAGGAGCGUGGGGUGCAACGUGACAGCCUUUGAGACUGAUGUGCAGCUCAGUAAGGAUAGAGUUCCUUUUCUGAUGCAUGACCAUCACCAUGAAUUCUUGAGGAGGACUACAGAUGUAAAGGAUAAGUUUCCUGGUCUGGAGUUCAACCACAGCACCAAUCUGUCUUGGGCAGAUUUAGAGAGUCUGAAUGCUGGCAGCUGGUUCCUACAGUCAGAUCCGUUCUACUCUGUCUCCAUGCUUUCCGAGGGGGAGAGGCGGGAAGCCCAGAACCAGAGUAUCCCUUCCUUGGUCCAACUCCUGGAUCUGGCCAAGCAGCACCACACCUCGCUCAUCUUUGACCUGAAGAACGAGGACAACCAGGAUGUCAACAUCACAGUCAGCACAAUCCUUAUGUCUGGCAUCCCUCAAAACCUGAUACUCUGGCUUCCCAGUACUAAGAGGAAGGAUGUGAUGGAGGCCGCACCUGGUUUCAGACAGGUCUAUAACAAUGUGUCUAUCAUGGACACGUAUGGAGGAGACCACCUGAAUGUAAAAUACAGUUCUCUGAGCGCAGCAGAAAUCAGGGAGCUGCGAAGCAGAAAUGUGUCGGUGAACCUGUGGGUGGUGAAUGAGCGCUGGCUCUUCUCUCUGCUGUGGUGCUCAGGAGCCAGCUCUGUGACCACCAAUGCCUGCCACCUUCUACAGGACAUGACCCAGCCCCACUGGACUCUGGGUUCUAACCUGUACAGAAUUAUAUGGAUCACAGUCAACUUGAUGUCAUUACUCAUCAUGUUUGGACUGUUCAUCUUACAGAGGGAAAAGAAAGCACAGACACACAGAUGUUCCACCUGGAACCAGAGAGAAAUGUCCCCCUUCUUACCUUCUGAGUAGCUUUGCCUGGAUCUAAUGGACGCUGCCUUCGGAAUAUACUGAACUAAACCCCUUCUAUGUCACCUAAAUGUCUCAGCCCUGAGUCUGGAAUCUUUUCAUAAAUGUUUCUGUAAUGGGUUCAUUGUAAAAAUGUGACAGACCCUGUGCUUCAAAAGGCUGUUUUAUAACUUUUUCUUUGUGCAACUCAUUUCAAAUAGUUCUUUCUUUUUUACACUUUCUAUGUAUUUAUAGACCUGUCUCAAAUGGCCAAAUAUGUACCGUACAUGGAUUCAUUUGAAUGAUGAACAUAUGUGUGUGUAUGUGUAUCAGUACGUUUAGGUGCAGUACAUGUAGUGUACCUAUCCUUUUUAUAUCCUUUUUUGAAAAUGUGUAAUUUGAAUAGAAACUAAACUGAUCAAAGGACCUGUAUUAUUCACAAUUCUGGGUUGGUGUAGAUUCUGUUGAAUUAACCUAUUUUUCUACACCAGUAUUUCAGUUCACUGUGUGUGCUUGCGUGAGGGCACGUGACGAGAACGAAAAAAUAUAUAUGCAUAAACUAUG